AUGUCGGCUUCUUCCCGCUGGAAUGGAUUCUACCCUACUCUUCUCAAGUACCAGACGCGUCGCCGUGUCCCGAAGGAUACUCCCUCUCUGUUCCGAACCUUAUGCUCCGUGUCAUCAGGGCAGGAGGUCGAGUGGAGGGAGCAGCAGCAGCAGCAGCUCGGUUCCUGCUCGGAGGAUGAUACCUAUACGGAACAUCUUCUCGAGGUCCAGCAAGAGAAGCAGAGCCGUUUCAUCCCCGUCAAGGCCUAUUUCAUCUCUACCAGGUUCCCUCGCUAUGCUUUUAUUUUAUUCCGUUUAUCUACAUUUAUUUCUUUCAAUUAUCAAUUUUAAAUAUUUUUGGUAUGAUUGUGUCUUCGGCAGCAUUGACUUGAGGGGCUUGCAGGCUCAGAAUGCUUUCAACGUUGUUCCGCCCACUUCUCGAGCAACAAAUUAUGUGGUCCUCAAGUACUAUGAUGCAAAGAAUUCUCCACAGGUAAGUUACCUUAUUUUCCUUUUCGUUUAUACAUUCUAUCUCUGGCAAUUUGGAUCGGAUGUUUUUCCGGUUUUCUACAAAAUAUCUCAAUCAUUCCAAGUCCCGACAAAGCCAUAGCUGUAUUAUAUCGUCAACAGCUUCAAGUACACGAAGGAUUUCAAUAUCCUCACUAUGUUCCCACUUUAACUCAAUGUUGACUUGGAAAUCAAGUUUAUACAACAUAUUCAGUAGUGACAGUAUAAAGGCGGAUUAAAAUCCUUUCUGGCAGUUUCUUUCCGUUGUGCUUAUAUACUAUCUGUUUGUUUUUUAGUCCAAUCACGUAUCCAUUAAUUAGUAAUUUUUUGAACUAGAUCUUUUUCCAAUAUCCGGAUAUUCUCAUGGAUUAAUUUUAUACGUUGGCAAUCUAAAAGGAUAUGUCGUACUUUUCUAUAUUGUCAACAAAGAUGUGAUAAAAAAGAGAUAUAAGUUUACUCUUGACAAAAAAAAACUCUUUGGGAUUGGGACUUUUUUUCUUAGUGUCAAGAUAUCAUGGUAGCCCUGACGAGUGAGAGCAGAGGAUUUCUAAACUUCCACCGUGAAUCAAAUAUUAAGAUUGAAAUAAAUGAAAUUUCUAUUACAGCAGCUCUCAGAUCUCUAGAUUGCAGAGUAUUGCGCAUCGUUUGGUCUUUUAUGGUCAGUCAUCGUUGGUCUCGUCUGGUAAACAUUAUCUAAUCUUAAAACUUUGUAAGAAACUCAACGGAAUUAAAUCUAUAAACUUUCACGCCUAAUGCCUCAUUUGUUGACCUUCACGUUUCAUCUUACAUUAAUAAUGCUAUCACCAUUACUUACAGGAUCUAAAUGGAAUCUCGGUGAAUGAGAGCAUUUGCUCCUACAUGGUUGUCUUCCAAUAUGGUUCCAUUGUUCUCUUUAAUGUUUCUGAUCACGAAGUUGAUGGGUAUCUGAAGAUUGUAGAGAAACACGCUUCCGGCUUGCUGCCAGAGAUGAGGAAGGACGGUGAGCUCCUGUAAUUUAUAUAUCAGCACUCCCUUUUUAUAAUGAUAUCUGCCAUAUGUUAGCAUCUUUUAUGACACCAUUCGAUUAUAUUUAAAAAAGAUUAUUUAUGUGUCUUAUGAAUUCGAAUGUACGGCCAUGGCUUUAACACAGUUUUUCUGUGUUAGUCAAACCUUCGAUAUUUCUAGAUAUUGCUAUUCUUUAAAGAAAAACAAGAAAUCUUUACAUCCAAGGGCAGAUCUCAUCGGAUUUGCGAGAAUGCAUGGUUAAUUCGUGGGACAUGGAUGAUGAAGCUUUUUUUGGUUGUCGACUACCAAUAACUAUCGUUGUAGCUCCAGAAUUUUUCAGUUUAUGCUCCUACCUAUAAUCAGGAGAUACCAAGAGUGGGCACUGGGUACAAUGUGAGUAGGAUCACUUAGUCAUGCUUCAUAAUUAGAAAAACGAGCGCCAAGGAAAUACAUGCCACUAAGCCAAACAAAGAUAAUGGAGAGUCGGAAUUUUUUUUUACGGAAAUAACCCUACGCUUGUUGAAGGUGAAGUUAAGCUUGGAGAUAGAACAAGGCCCUCUGUCGUGUAUCCUCAUUAAACUUGUGAUAUAGCUCAUUUUCUUGUCUCAUCUCCUUGUCCGACUGACAUAACUUGGUUUUGAGCUGUGGAGGUAGAUGAUGGUGUGCUGACAAAGAAAUGUAUGAAACAAUUUAGGAAAAAGUAGGUGCCCACAGUGCGAAUGUGGGUAGAUGUGUUUCAAGAUUGAUGCUCCUUAAGUGGCUGGGAAGAAGGCAGCAAUGUGGGGAAGAUGAUGGCUAGUUGAAGCUGGCCCUCAAACAGUGUAGAGCUUAGUUAUCUGGAGACUGACGGGAAUCAGUCAUUGAUCAUUCGAUUUGUUCAUUGAUCCCAGUCUUGUAGUACGACGAGUCAGAUCACUUUUUAUGGUAUAUAAGACAUUAAGAAAUGAUUACUGCAGUUUUUGAGCAUGCAUGCUCUGUGGAAUGCAAUUUCUUUUACCUCAUUUUGCUCUGUGGAAUGAAAUUAUAUCAUAUCACAUCUCAUUCUCCGGUAUUCACGGAUAUCAUCCUGGUGUUUUAUGUAUCUGAUUGAUUUUUCCUUUCCUUUAAUUUCAGAUUAUGCGGUGGUAGAGAAACCAACAUUAGAAACUUGGAUGCAAGGUGGACUCGACUACAUACUGCUCAAGAACCUGAACAUAGAUGGAAUACGUACCAUUGGAAGUGUUCUUGGGCAGAGUAUUGCUCUGGACUAUUACAUUCGCCAGGUAUGCAAAUAAUGCCCCUGUGGCUUCUAUAAAGUCGAAUAUUAUUAGCCAUAUAUUAUGUGAUCAAGCUGAAGACCAGCAGGAGCUGAUUGGUAACCGGUCAGGAAGGUCUAUUAUGGGGUGAGCAUAGAUUUUUCAUGAAAAUAAUACCGGAAAUGGAAUCUAUAUACAGCAAGAACACGAAAAUGGUCAGUGCUAGAUAUGGGGUCCUUGCAUGCUUAGUAAUAAUAAUAAAUUAAAAUUAUAAAAUACAAGGAAAUAUUUCUCAAACCUCUAGUGGGCUGUGGAUAUGCUGUUAUAAGUUUCCCCACGAGAAAAUUUAUCUGGCUGUGGACGGAUAUUCACGAGUGUUCUUCUCCCUAGGUGGAUGGGAUGGUUGCCGAGUUCACUGAUAUAAACCGUGGCAUGGAGAAGACUGGUACCUUCACAAUGAAGAGGAAGAAGCUUUUUCAGCUGGUUGGAAAGGCCAAUUCGAACCUGGCUGAUGUCAUUCUCAAGCUCGGCCUCUUUGAAAGGUUGGUUGUCUCCACGUUCCUGCAUCCCUUUUUUUUUUUCUUCCAAAAAAGUCCCCUUUUGUUUGCUUGAUCACUCGAUUCUCUCAUCCUUUUCCGCCAUAACUUUUUUUUUUCCUAAUUAAGGCCAAAUAAUAGAAAAUUUCCAGUGUUCCCUGCCGCAUGUUGACCUUCCGUACUCUUUUUAUAUACAAAUAAACCUUAAAGUUUUCUAAUUAGAGUGAUUUUGCGCCGUCAAGGUCUGACAUUGCCUGGAAGAACGCGAACUACGCCCAGAUUUGGGAAUAUCUCAGGGACGAGUACGAGCUGACCCAGAGAUUCGGGAGCCUCGACUUCAAGCUGAAAUUCGUCGAGGUAGACAGACCCUCUGUCUCCCCCCCCCCCCCCCAGACGUUGAUUAGCUCGAGGGCAGCCUCUCCGUCGUUCUUCCUUCCUUAUUGUUCUUGUUCUUGCAGCACAACAUCCGAUUCCUCCAGGAGAUCCUUCAGAACCGCAAGUCCGAUUUCCUAGAAUGGCUCAUCAUCAUUCUCAUCGGGGUAGAGAUCCUGAUCUCUGUCUACAACAUCGCCCGCGGUUCCUUGUGA